GCAAGCUUUUGCUUUGCUGAGCGCGUGACGGGCGUUUUCUAUUGUUAAUUCGCAUUUUAUUAACAUUUUUAUGAAUUUAACAUUUAUAAAAAUGUGUUAAAUAUUUCUUUAUAUAUAAUAUUUGUUACUUGAAAACAUUGUAUUGAAAUCACAUAGCGAUUUGAGGUUAUUCCGCUUAAAUCUUUGCAAACACGUGACUAAAUUCAAACGUUGCUAAGCUAUUGAAUUUUCAAUUUAAAAACCAUAAAAUUGUUGUAAUAAUUUAAAUUAAUUAUACUAUGCAAUUUAAACACUGAUGUUAUAAUACUAUUUUACGAUACAGUUUUUAUUAAACAAAUGAAUUCCGACCGUUUAAUUUCAGUUACAUAAAUAAAGUAUUACAAAAUAUACUGCUGCUAUACAUUGUAGUAUGAUUUUGUAAUAAUUUUUAUAAUGAAAUUUGAAAUACAUAACAUUUUCAUCAAUCUUAAUCAAUAUAUUCCAUUAUUAAAUUUGUUAUAAUAUUUCUAAUUUUUUGAGCCAACACCUUAACUUUAAGCACGUGUUCGAACUUAUUGACCGGAAGUACCAUUGCAGCGGUUCUAACAUACUUGAUUCAAAUACCAUGAUAAACGUGUUUAAUGAUAUCGAAACAUUUUUGUAAUAAAUAUCAUACAUACCCACGUUAAAUAAUCAUGAAAUUUGCAUAUAAGUUCAGUAAUCUGCUUGGUGCAGUUUACCGUAAAGGAAAUUUGAUAUUUUCUCCAGAUGGAUCUACAGUCAUUAGCCCUGUAGGCAAUCGGAUAACAAUAUAUGAUCUCAAAAAUAACAAAUCAAGUACUUUACCUAUAGAGAGUACCUACAAUUAUGCAUGUAUGGAUUUGUCUCCUAAUGGAACUUUAUUAAUUGCAGUUAAUGAAAGUAUGAUUUAUAUAUAUAUAUAUAUAUGUAUAAUUUAUGUGUAUCAAACUAGUUUUAUAAUUGUUGAAUAUUUUACAGUGGGAGAAGGAAAUAUAAUUAGUAUGAUUAGUAAAAUGGUAAUACAUAAAUAUCAUUUUAAACAACGAGUCAGAUGUGUAAAGUUUUCUCCAGAUGGUAAACAUUUUGCAGUAUGCAAGGAACAUAAAGUAUUUAUUUUCAAUGCACCCAACUUAUAUUCGUGUGAAUAUAAUCCCUUUAUCAUGGAACAUGUAUUUCUUGGAGCUGUAGAUGAUACCACUUGUAUCGAUUGGUCUUAUGAUUCGAAACUAAUAGCUGUUGGUUCUAAGGACAUGACUACAAAAAUAUAUGGAAUAGAAAAGUUUGCAAAUUUUAGGUAUAUUAGUCUUGGUAGCCACUCUGAUGCAAUAGUAGCAUGCUUUUUUGAGAAGAAAAGUUAUGAUCUGUCUACAAUUUGUAGGAAUGGACGACUUUGUGUUUGGGAAUGUACAAUUGAUCCAGAAGACUUAGUGCAAUGGGAACCUCGUUCUAAAAGGGACAAACAUGAAGAUAGUGAUAUAGAAGAUGAUAUUGAUGUUGAAAAAGUUAUAGAGAAAACAGACAAACAAGCUAAAGCUUAUGAACAUGGCUUACAACAAUCACAAAAUGCGAUUGAAACAGAGAAUGAUAAAAAUUCUGACAAUGAUACAGAAAUAAAAAAAUUACGUUAUCAGAAAUUAUGUCGCCAUUACUUAACUAAUGAAGUUCAGAAAGAGAGGAAUGAAAUAGUGAAACUUACUGCUGCUGUGUAUCAUCAAGAAACUCAUAUUCUAGUAGUAGGCUUCAGUAAUGGUUCAUUCUAUUUGUAUGAAAUGCCUGAAGUAAAUAUGAUACAUUCCCUUAGUAUAUCGCAACAAUAUAUUUCAUCUAUCGCGAUAAAUUCGACUGGCGAUUGGGUAGCUUUAGGAUGUUCUACAGCUGGACAAUUAUUAGUAUGGGAAUGGCAAAGUGAAACUUAUGCAAUGAAACAGCAAGGACACAGUAAUAAUAUGAAUUGUUUAGCAUAUAGUCCAGACGGCCAAUACAUUGUUACUGGAGGUGACGAUGGGAAAGUUAAAUUAUGGAAUACAACGAAUGGUUUUUGUUCUAUUACAUUUCAAGAACACACGUCAACAGUGACAGGGGUGUUAUUUAGUCAUAAUAGAAAAUUUAUCGUUUCUACGUCACUCGAUGGAACUGUUAGAGCAUAUGAUUUAGCAAGAUAUAGAAAUUUUAAAACUCUUACUUCACCGCGUCCAGUACAAUUUUCCUGCGUCGCAUUAGAUUCAAGCGACGAGUUUCUUGCUGCAGGAGGUCAAGAUUUCUUUGAGAUUUAUCUAUGGAGCGUUAAACUGGGUACCCUUUUAGAGAUAUUAAGCGGACACGAAAGCCCAGUUGUCAGCUUGGCGUUCAAUCCAAAUAUUGCAAGUACAGAAUUGGUAUCUGUUUCUUGGGAUAAAUCUCUGAAAAUAUGGAACGCAAUUGAGAAUGGUUCUUCACACGAAACGAUACAAUUAACUUCGGACGGUUUAUAUGUUACUUACAAGCCAAAUGGCGAAGAAGUAGCGGUUGCUACUUUGGAUGGGCAUAUCUCAUUCUUUGAUUGUAAAACGGCAGUACAAACUGGCAGUAUUGAAGGAAGAAAUGAUUUAGGUAGCGGUAGAUCUGAAACUGAUCUGAUUACGGCAAAGAAAAGUUUACAGGGAAAGGCUUUCACCUCCUUAUGUUAUUCAGCCGAUGGUACCUGUAUAUUAGCUGGUGGACAAUCAAAGAAUAUAUGUAUUUAUAAUGUACAAGAGUGUAUGCUGGUAAAAAAAUUUGUUGUAACACAAAACAGAUCGUUAGACGCUGUUGAUGAGUACAUAAACAAACGAAAGUUAACAGAAUUUGGAAGUAAGGCAUUAAUUGAAGAGCGCGAGGAAAACGAAGGAGGAAAUGUAACGUUACGGUUACCAGGUGUUAAAAGUGGAGAUAUGGCAAGUAGAAGUAUAAAACCGGAAGUGAGAGUAUUUAGUUUACAGUUUUCUCCAACAGGACAAGCAUGGGCGGCUGCUACAACAGAAGGUCUACUAAUAUACUCGUUAGACGUUGGUAUGGUGUUUGAUCCAUUCCAAUUGGAAUUGGGCAUAACACCAGAUACUGUAAAAAUAGCUUUAAAUGAAAAAGAAUACGCAAAAGCAUUAAUGAUGGCUUUGAGAUUAAAUGAAAAAUUGUUAAUACAACGUGUUGUAGAAAAUAUUCCACUGUCAGAUAUUGAAUUAACUACAGCAAAUUUACCUGACAUCUACGUCGAUAAGGUAUUAAAGUUUAUAGCGUCAGAAUUGGAGUUAACUAGACACGUCCACUUUUAUCUCCUUUGGAUAGAAACAAUAUUAACUAAACAUGGUGCAAAAAUUAAUUCAGCGCUUCAAAUGCCGAUAUUACUGACACUCCAUAAAAAUAUGCAAAAGAAAUAUGACGAUUUAAGCAAAAUAUGUGAUUUUAAUCAGUAUACAAUGAGUUACCUGAAAAAGGUUGGGGAGUUCAAAGCUAAGAAACCUAUGAAUGUAGAAAUAAAUAGUGACGAGGAAUCUGAAAAAUCUUCAAUCGAAGAAAUGGAUGUUGACUGAAAAAGAACAAUAUUUUAUAAAUACAAGUGUGUACAUGUAUAUAAAUAUAUCACGCGUAUGUAUAAAUUUCUCUAUGGUAACUAUACAUUUUUAAUAAAUUUGUUAAUUAUUUUUUA